UUGGUUUGAUUGAUUAUUCGACUGAUGGAUGGAUCAAUUGAUCGGUUAAGUUGUUGACUAGCACACUCACCGGGGGCUUUGAUUGAUUGAUCGACUGGUCGAUGGAUCAAUUGAUCGGUCAAGUUGUUGGCUAGGACACUCACCGGGGUAGAUCGCGGCGUCAUUUGGGUUUUGCGAUUUGUUUAUCAAUAUGUCUCUCGGUCGGUUAUAACUACAACAUACAUAUUUCCGUCGUCGAAGUCCCCAGCUUUAUUUUUCUGCCCAGGCCGUUGUUGUUUCUUUGUCCUCAAGACGCAAGGGGAGAGGAGGGGGAUAUGCUUCCUUUGUUGGACGGCUUGCCCUGUUGUCAGGCAUAGUAGUAAGCAAGCUGUUAUUGAUCGCGAGUGAUCUGUGAUCGUGUGUGAAAUUCGACGGUAAAAUGAAGGCAUAGUUAUCGUCCUCACCUCCCUCUGUGAGAGAGAGAGAGAGAGAGAGAGAGAGAGAGAGAGAGAGAUGCCUUGCUCCACGACAGGAUCGUCUGAUGCGGGGUUGGUGGGGAGGAAGGAAUUCCCGAACGGGGAUACGUACACGGGGAGGCUGAGUUGUGGUCUUCCCAACGGGAGGGGAACGUACAGGUGGGCCGAUGGGAGCCUGUACGAUGGGGAAUGGGCAAAUGGGGAGAGGCAGGGGAAGGGUACGUUCACUUGGCCUUCUGGGGCCGCAUACGACGGCGAAUGGUAUCGUGGCAAGAUGCACGGAAUGGGCGAGUACAAGGGCGUGGACGGGACGUGGUACAAAGGGGGUUGGAACGUCGGGAAGAAGUGCGGUCUGGGCACCAAAGUGUUCGCCAACAAGGAUGUCUAUGGCGGUCUGUGGAAGGAGGGCAUCAAGGAGGGGCUGGGUCGGUACACGUGGGCGGAUGGAAGCGAGUACGUCGGUGAGUGGCGAGGGGGCCUGAUGUCGGGUCGAGGCACUCUCGUGUGGGCGAAUGGCGACAGGUACGAUGGCCAGUGGUUGGAGGGCGUGGAGCACGGGAAAGGGCUCUUCACGUGGGCCAACGGCGCGUGCUACGAGGGUGUCUGGAAAAGGGGCCUGAAAGACGGCAAAGGCUUGUUCUACCCCCCCGGAUGCGUCAAAGCUCUGCGUUGUGAUCGCCACGGAGAGAUCGUCAAAGAAUUCGCCGAUGGUGGGGAGGAGUGGCGGGGACCAGGCGGGUACGAGAACGAUGGAGAAGAGGAGAGUGGCUCCAUCGCGAAUCGCAGGGUGGUCGGGGACUCUGGAGGAGUCGGGGGAGAGGGAUACGAAGGAGGAGGUCGAUCGGCGGGAGCGAGAAAAGGCGGAGGGGGAGGCGCAGAGAAAGCCCGUGCGGGUGCCGCGGGCGGCGGAAAACAGAAGCGCCCGUAUCGGAUGUCUAGUAUCAGUCGGUCGAUGAGUCACAGUGGGCCGCUUACGGAGAGAGAAAGGAUGAUGAUUGUGCUGAAUGCGAGGGAGGUGGGUGGGGUGCUCGGCGGUGUGAAGCUUCCGAAGCGCCAUCCUCGAACGAAGGCCGGGAGGCCGAAGGUGCGACCGAAGCUGGAGAGACAAUGGAGCGGCCCACUUCUGUGUGGGCGGGACUGGAAGGACGACGACGAGGGGAGAGAGACGUUUCUUAAGAAAGGGGAGAGGGAGGAGGACAUCGAUCUCCGAAGGAAGUGGGUGGCCCGACGCCCACGGAAGAAGAAGGUUCCCAUCUUUCAGCCACCUCCGCUGGCUCCUCUGCCGCCGCUUCCGUCAUCGGUAUCAUCAGCGGCCAAGUCCGCUGGCGAUUCGGCGGGAGAGAGUGGCGCUGCCGCUGGUAGAAGGGAGGGCGGUCGCGAGGGGACCCAGGGGGUAGGAGGAGGAGGAGGAGGAGGAGGAGGAGGAGCCCCUCAGAAGAAGGGUCACGCUGCUGGUUACAGCGGCGACAAGAAGGGGAGCUUUUUCGACAUCGAUCUGCACGAAGUGCGGACAUCGACCGCCGGGGCCGCGGAGGGCAGUGGAAGCGGUGGGGGCGGCGGAGCCGGCGGAGGAGAAGGCGAGCCGCGCCGGCAUCGCUUCACCAGAAGCGCAACGGAUUCUGAGCUUGUGUUUGGAGGAGCAGGCAGAAGCCGAGGAGCUGGAGGUGAUGAUUAUGGAGACGAGGCUCCUGCUGACGGACGGCGGCGUGAUGGUUGCGGGUAUGAAGAGGAGGAGGAGGAGGAAGAGGAGUCGACCAGCGGUCGGCAGCACCGUCCUCGCCGGCAAAAGCGCGCGGGAGGCGGGGUAACCGGGGCAAUUCACGGGGCGGAGAGAGCAAUAGCCGGAGCGAUACAGGGUGCAACUUCUGUGGUCUCGGGGGCUUUCCACGGGGCGACCAUGGCGUGCUCCGGAGGCGGAUUCGCGCAUAUGGCAACCCUGUCCGCGGAAGCGUCGCUGCUUUCGGGAGCGAGCGAUGGGGAGGGGAAAGAGCCCGCGGGAGAGUUCGCUGGCGGCGGGGGCGGCGGGCACAAGAAGCAGCGCUCGCGCCGCCACAAGGUCUUGAUGAGGGAGUACGUGGACGGGGCGUUGGUGAAGGAGACGGUGAAAGAGGUGGUAGUCGCGACGAAGAAGAAGAAGGGGGAGAGAAUAAAUGAGAGAGUGAGGCACAAGUUCGAGCGCAAGAAGCAGGGGGAAUACAUCAUGAAAACGCACCGAAGUUACUUUCUGAUGCUCAAUCUGCAGCUGGGGAUCCGAUACACCGUGGGCAAAGUCAGCAACAUGCCUCAUCGAGAGAUUUGCCCCGAGCAAGAUUUCGGUCCCAAAGCGGUUAUUUGCCAGCGUUUCCCUAAGGCCGGAAGUCGCAAUACGCCUCCUCAUCACUCUCCCGAGUUCUCCUGGAAGGAUUAUUGCCCCUUUGCGUUCCGAAGACUGCGGGAAAUGUUUGGCAUCGAUGCGGGCGAGUACAUGAUGUCGAUCUGCGGGAACGAUGCACUGCGGCAACUGGCCUCUCCCGGGAAGAGCGGCAGUGUGUUCUUCCUGUCCAACGACGACAAGUUCAUCAUCAAGACCAUGAAGAAGUCCGAGAUGACCGUGCUAUUGAGCAUGCUCGAACGGUACUAUCGGCACGUGGAGCGCUACGAGAACACGCUGUUGACCAAGUUCUUCGGAUUGCACAGGGUGAGGCCCUUUGGCGGGAAGAGCGUGCGGUUUGUGGUGAUGGGGAACCUGUUCUGCACGGAUCUGUCCAUCCAUAGAAGGUACGAUCUGAAAGGGUCGACGCUAGGCAGGUCGACGGACAAAAGUAAGAUCGAUGUGAACACGACGCUCAAGGACCUGGAUUUGGAGAUGGUGUUCAAGCUGGAAGAGGGCUUGAGAGAGAGGCUGGUCCGGCAACUGGAGGCUGAUUGUCAGUUCUUGGAGGAACAGCGAAUCAUGGACUAUAGCCUGCUCUUGGGGUUGCAUUAUAGGUCAAGCAAAGUGCAAGAAGGUGCGGGCCAAGAAGGAGGAGGAGGAGGAGGAGGAGGAGGAGGAGGAGGAGGGGACCUGAGGAGUCCAUCGCCGGGCUCCGGACUGCCGCCAAGGCCGAGGAAGAAAACAGGCGGUUUAGCCGACGAGGAGAAUGGGGAGGUGGGAGGAGGAGUAGGACGGCAAAAGUCCAUAGGAAACCAUUGGGGAGUGGAAGAUGGCGGGCCAAACACUCCCACGCCGGGAGGUACGGAGGCGGAGAUGGACUACGAGGAUUUGUCGAUCCUGAUGUCGGGACCGUUGGUCGUGCUGCAGCCAUCGACAGCGACGCCCAAGGCGGGAACGGGUGCAGGUCGGGACGUGAGGAAGAGCUGGGGAGGGCCGCAUGCGGGAGGAACUGGAGGAGUGGGAGGUAGUGUUGGAGAGGGGCGAGGAGGGAACUGGAACAUGCUUAGUCCAGCUGUCAUUUCGCGCGCACCGAAGCGGACCGACACCCUGCGUCCGAUGCUCGGAUCAGACUGCGGAACGGACGCGCUGGCCUUCCAUUUCGGAAGGUCGGUACAGCUAGGAGUGAAUAUGGCCGCGACGGCCAUCUCCGUCGAGGUGGGAACCCUGAAGGAGACGGAGCCAAAGCAAGUGAAGGACGUCGUGCUGUACUUUGGGAUCAUCGACAUCCUGCAAGAGUACGACAUCCGGAAGUGGGCCGAGAACGCCAUCAAGUCCGUACAGUACGAUGGGGCGGCCAUCUCCGCGGUCGAUCCCGCCCUUUACGCACACAGAUUCAAGGAAUUCAUGUUCAGAGCGUUCGCCUGAACAAUCAACCAAGGUACUCAAACCACACACAUGUAGGAAUCUGUUGUAGAUGAUGAAGAGAGACUUGUCUACGUGUGUUGUGUAUUCGUCAAGCGCAACUCCAGAAAAAAAUGGGUGACUGUGACAACAACAGACUGUUUCGUCGGGCUUUCACCGAUUCAUCAGGAGGUUGAACCUGGCAGUCCGCCGCGUGUCUGCUUUUGCGCGUGUCAAAUACACACACACACACACACACACACACACACAGAGAGAGAGAGAGAGAGAGAGAGAGAGAGAGAGAGAGAGAGAGAGAGAGAAUCGGAUUCUUUGUCGGCAGAUUGAGGAGGGAGGUUUGAGGGGGGAAGUCUGGGGGGCAAGUUUUGGUUAUUUUUGGGGGGGGAGGAUUUUGCAUGUUGAUUGAUCGGUGAUCGGCAAUGUAAAAAGUAGAGACUUUGUGGGGAGUUUUGAAGGAAUCCGUGGGAGGGAGGGAGAGGAGAGAAAAAAGAAGGAAAAGGUGCCGAGGAGGUACUUGAAUAUAUGAGGAUGUAUAGCCAUUCCGUUGUUCGAGAGAGAAGGGAAGGGAGGAGGGAGGGGAGAAGAAGAUGUAACCGUCAAGGAGCCUUUUUUUUAUUAUUAUUUUAUUAUGCAGAAGUUUACCAAGUUUGUUCAUUUGCGCCUUAUGGGGUUUCGUUUCAGUCCUCCAGCUGUUAGGAGGAAAAAUCAGGAGAUCAGAGAGGUUAGGGUAGGUUUGGUGGACUCGUGUGUGCUGCUGCAUCAAGGCCGUUGGAUGGUUACGUACAUGAAAAUCUGCGCACAUCUUUAGUCGAUCCGACUGGUCAAUACACAUCUUUCGUCGAUCAGACUGGGUUUAAGGAAAGCAACAGUGAUGUGUUCUGAUUGGAGAAGCUCAUUGAAGCUUGAUGAUCUCUUGUCCUUUACGAUGCGACUGUUUUUUUUUUUUUUUUUUUUUUUUUUACGGCCUGUUGUGAAUUGGUGCCCCACUCCAUUGGUUAGACGAUGGCUGCAUUGGUCAAUACAGUUGUGGUGAGGUAGGUAACUUGAGGAAAUCAAUGGCGGUGGUUUGUUCGGAUUGGAUUGGAGAAGCUCAUUGAGGCUUUUGAUUCCUUGUCCUUUAAGGUGCGAGACUGAGAUUUCGCGGCCUGUUGUGUGUAUUGGCAGCCCACGACAUUGUGUGUUAGACGAUGGCUGCAUUGGUUUGGUUAGGCGAUGAUGGCGAUGAUGGCGAUGAUGGAUGGCAUUUCAACGGGGAGAAAGUGUGUGUUGUUCAACUCGCGGCUGUGACCGUCACGGGGGGUACCCAAUGGGAAAUUUAAGCUAAGCGAUGACGUGAGGGAUGCAGCAGUUAUAUUGGUUGAUGGCGGAUUGUUAAUUGCUGGAUGGAUGAUCAGAGAUCCAAACAUAUUUUGUAAUCACGACGAAGUGAUUUUGUAAU